GAGUACGUACCCGGUUGCAUGGUUUGUGCUUCCACUGUUUUCUAUGUUGUCGCGUAUUAUUCACCUUCUUAUGGGUGUUAUCUCGUGUUUAAGGAGCUUUGGAGCGUAGCACGACUUGAAUGUGGCGUGCGACAACAGUUAGCCCAGUGAAAAAGAUGUGAUAGGCAGACAGGCUAACGACUUGUGAACAAGCUGCUAGCUACUUUUAGCUUGUUAAGCUCAGCUGGAAAAGUCCGGUUCUGCCAAAUAUGGUUAGAAGAAUCACUAGUUAGCAGCAAGGUUACUGCUGUUCUUGGCGUUUUAGUGCUGUUCUGAGGAGAUACUUUACUCGGACAGUUAAAUCUUCACGUCUUCAUCUUGCAACACGGGGCGAGCGUGGUGGUGACCGUCCUUGGCAGCUGUGUGCGCGUGGAUCUCACUUGACUGUGAAACAUCUGUCGAGUACUGACAGGAGUCAGUAUGUGCGCUCCCUAACAGCUGCACUACGCAGGACCCUGAGUAACUCUAACCGGACCUUUGUGAAGUUUUUGGUUGUAGGUUCAUUUAAUAAGGAUGGCUCGCCGUUCGGUGCUGUGCCACGGGAGUCGAGCCAUCAGCCUGCUGUAUGGAAACACUCUUCGCCCCCUCCACGCUUCACUGUGCAGCGCAUCACCACAACCGAAAGCUGGGUUCAAACCAGAAAAGGUAGCAGUGGUCACAAAGACUACGCGGUAUGAGUUUGAACAGCAGCGGUAUCGCUAUGCAGGAGUUUCUGAAGAAGAUCUCAAGCAGUUGCUUGCUAUGAAGGGCUCCAGCUACAAUGGCCUGCUGGAAAGACACAACAUCCACACUAGCAAUGUGGAGCACAUUGUGAAGAGCCUGCAGAGAGAAGGCAUUACUGUACAAGUGGUAAAAAGAGGAGAAUACAAUGAAGAUGUAGUGCGGUGGGCAGAUUCCAUUAUCUCUGCUGGAGGUGAUGGAACAAUGCUACUUGUGGCCAGUAAGGUUUUUAGCAAAGACAAACCAGUCGUUGGAGUUAACACAGACCCUGAAAGGUCAGAAGGUCAUCUGUGCCUGCCUGUGCGAUACACUCGUGCCUUCCCAGAGGCACUGGAGAAGCUGUGCCGUGGUGAGUUCAGGUGGCUGUGGCGUCAGAGGAUCCGUCUGCACUUAGAGGGCACAGGAAUAAAUCCCAAUCCAGUGGACCUCCACGAACAGCAGCUCAGCCUGGAGCAGCACAACCAAGCUCACCGCUUCACCUCCAUGGACAACUUAAACAGGACAGGAACACUACAUGAGACCUUCUACAAGCCUAGCCUUCUUCCUGUUAGAAGCUUAAAUGAAAUCUUCAUUGGAGAAUCUCUGUCUUCCAGGGCUUCCUACUACGAGAUCUCCGUGGAUGAUGGCCCAUGGGAAAAACAAAAGAGUUCUGGACUGAACAUUUGCACAGGAACAGGAUCCAAAGCCUGGUCAUACAACAUCAAUAAACUUGCUGAACAAGCAGUGGAAGAAGUUCUAAAAAUUGGUACGUACUGUACAUGUGCAAAUUUUGAGGUGCAAGACCCGCAGAUAAUGGUGGUGGAUGGUGGGACUUCCUUUGAAUUCAACGAUGGUGCUAUCGCUACAAUCAGCAUGAGCGAGGAGGACCAGCUCCGGACUGUUGUGUUAGAAAACUGAGACAAGUCUGAAUAUCUCUCAAACUAACAGUGUUCACAAGUGGAUGUGUUCAAAGGGAAGUAUUUGUCCUUUGCUUUUGUUUUAUUAUACAUAUUUUUCAAAAAAAAAACCAAAACAUUUACACUUUCUUUUCAUUUUUAAUAUUUGUGUCACUAUUCCAAGCUACAAAGAUGAUGAUUCAUUAUUUAGAUACAGUUUCUGAUCAUAUUUACAGUAUAUCAGCACAAGCCCUAAAGUGAGCAGUGAAACUAAGGCCAAGAUGAAAGAAUGUAAAAACUCUUUGUAGACCUGAAGUCUUUUGGAAACGUCAGACAUAAAAGCUACACUGAUCCAGCAGACUGUUUGUGAAUAUUGCCCCACACUGAAACAUGACAAAGAUUUUGAUGUGGUUUCACACUACUGAGUGAGCUUUAAGAAUAUGGGCAAAGUUAUUCAGAGUUAUUGUUGUCAACAAAUCCAAAUUACUCUGCCUCAAGUUUAUAAUUUAUUGCUGAAUACACAAAAAACCUUUAAACAGAACAUGGCUGCAGAUUUCUAAGGAGUUCAAACUUCUGACAUUGAUAUAUCAGAUGAUUCUUUUUAUACAUGCAUUACGAUUAGGACAGUGUCACACUUUGUCUUCCUGAUUAUCACCACUGAUAGCAUAACUUGAGCUGAUUAUAAUAAAAUGCUUGACUCAUGUGAGGAGCUUUCUGGGAAAUUGAAGAUGAAAUAAAAGUGCAAGAACGUGGGGAGAGCGUAACCAUAAAUGUACAAAACCGCACAAUAACACAAUUGUUAUUGCAUCUAUAGAAUGCAUCUAAUGACAAUUGGUAUUUCAGUUUUUAAUUUUUGCUUUUUACCAUGUUACAUCUCCAAUCUCUAUAUAUAUUAUGUAGGCUAAAAGGAAUCAUUAUUUUCAAACUGAUUAGUAACUUACUGCACAACCGUCUGGCUCUGUGAUGCGUUCCUGUUACAUGUGAUGCGCAGUGCUAAGAGGACUGUGGAAGCAAAGCCCCCUGCUGGUCAAACUGACAGGGUUUUUAAACACCCCACCAAAACAAAACAGUUUUUUAACACUCGACAUAUGUGCUGAUGGCACAACUAGCACGGAGUUCUUUUCUGUUCCUACAGACCACUCAAAGCACUCCAUUUUAAAAAUAUAUAUAUCUGGAUGUGUUGUGUUAAGUUAUUAUCAGCCAAUACUAUAAGCAAGCCAACUGUCUUCAGUGGUGGAUUAAUCCACAUUUCCUACUCAUCCUACUAUCUACUAUCCUAUAAAUUGAGGGGGAAAUAAUCUACAGGAUGUCUUGAUGGUAUUGAAAGAACAUUCACUAAUGCAUUUAACCUAAGUUUGUGGCCAACUGUGGGAUAUGCUCCAUCUGGCUUUGGUACAGUAUUUGUUACCAGGAGACAUUCUCUGUUGGUUUCAGGGCCUCGUUAACACUAACGCUAAAUCUAGAUUCAUCAAUCCUGUCCUUUCCAAGCAUAUAUUCAAUUCCGCUGUAAGUUUUAUAAUUGUAAAUGUAUGCAGAGGACUUGAAGCACAGCAGCUUGCUGAGUAAAGAUAUUUUUGGAAUAUAGUGUCUAUUUUUCCUUGCUGUCUGAGCCACACAGAACGGUACGUUUUAGAGAAGAAAAUGCAGAAGUGAGAGAAGUGCAGCAAAGAGAACUCAAUGUUUAAAGGGUUGUUUUUUUUUCCUCUGGUAGAGUUAAAGGGGCUGUUUCUUGACACCUCCUAAGACAGGAAACAGUUUUGUCUGUGGUGGGCAUGGCUAAAGUUAUAGGUGAAACAGUAUCUGAUGGAUACAAAGUUCUUUUUAACCCAACAAAUCUCUUGACUUGAAGCGUUCUUGCAAAAACCAUGUUCUGUUUGAAAAGUUAUCUGCAAAGUGUAACAUGCACCAUGCCAAAGGCAAGUUUCCCUGUGGAAACACACUCUACUGGAAUGUGUUUUGUUUUGGAACUCGAUAAAGUGAUAUGAACUACAA